AUGGUUUUAGAUAAGGUCGUGGUGCAACGGAGGCUCGAAUAGGGCAGAGAAUUUGGGGCUGCUGACCUGAAUCUGGUCCCACCCUCUUCGACUAAAACUACCCGCCCAUGGUGGAAGGGACCAGACGGCCAAAUGGAGAUGCCACCAGGCAAUCCAGAGGGAGAGAAGGACACCUCACAACCGCAAGAACAAUGGAAAAAGAACUCCCGGGAGAAUCUUGGUUCAACUACUCAGAUUAGGCAGCAGCCCAGAGACCCUCCUACUGAAAUCCUUGAGCUGGGCCCAGAUCCGAUCAGUCAAAUUCUCGAGAAUCCUCAAGGGACUGAAAAACUGGCCGCUGAACUUGAAGGAGACUCUGAUAGGUCUCAUGGAUCAGCCAGUGAGCUGCCAGAGCCCUUUCAAGCUUCUAAUCUCUGGCACUGUCCUGAUGGGAGCUUCAUCAAGAAGAUAGUAAUCAGCGGCCAAGGAUUGGAUAAACCCAAGCUGGGCUCCCGCUGCCGGGUACUGGUUUUGGGGUUUCCUUUUGGGUCAGGACUGCCAGAGGGCUGGACAGAGCUAACUUUGGGGAUAGGGCCGUGGAGGGAGGAAACUUGGGGAGAGCUCUUAGAGAAAUGUUUGGAGUCCAUGUGUCAAGGUGAGGAGGCAGAGCUUCAGAUCCCUGGGCACCCUGGACCUCCUGUCAGGCUCACACUGGCCUCCUUCACUCAGGGCCGGGACUCUUGGGAGCUGGAGGCCAGCGAAAAGGAGGCUCUGGCUAGGGAAGAACGUGCUCAAGGCACAGAAUUAUUUCGAGCUGGGAACCCUGAGGGGGCUGCCCGGUGCUAUGGACGGGCUCUUAGGCUGCUGCUGACUUUACCCCCACCUGGCCCUCCAGAACGCACUGCCCUUCAUGCCAAUCUGGCUGCCUGUCAGCUGCUGCUAGGGCAGCCCCAGUUGGCAGUCCAGAGCUGUGACAGGGUGCUGGAGCGAGACCCUGGCCAUUUGAAGGCCUUGUACCGAAGGGGGGUUGCCCAAGCUGCCCUUGGGAACCUGGAAAAAGCAACUGAUGACCUCAAGAAGGUGUUGGUGAUAGACCCAAAGAACCGGGCAGCUCAAGAGGAGCUGGAAAAGGUGGUCAUUCAGGGGAAGAAACAGGAUGCUGGGCUGGCUCAGGGUCUACGCAAGAUGUUCGGCUGAUUAAAGGUUCAACCUUAAAAGAGA